CUCCAUGAACAGUCCCCCUUCCCUUCUUAGUUGCACCCAGUGUCCCCUGCCCAAAGCAGUGCCGGCGGUCAGGCACCAUGCAGAGCAACUUCUGUGCCAGUGAUGUAGUGGUUACUGGGACAGUUAAGUCCAUGGUUCGGGGCCCAGGCGAGGGUCUCACCGUCACUGUCAGUCUCAUUGGUGCUUAUAAAACUGAAGGACUGGACCUGCCUUCUCCACCCACUGACACCUCCCUGAAGUUUUACUUGCCUUGUAGGCAGUGUCCCAUCAUGAAAAAAGGAAACAGUUAUCUGCUGAUGGGUAAAAUGGAAGAGAACUUGGGUCCUGUCCUUUCUCAAGAAAGCUUCGUGGUUCUCUACCGGUCCAACCAGGACCCGAUCCUCAACAACCUAAGCAAGAGAAAGUGUUCCUCCUCACCUGGGCAGGCUGCCUGAGACCAGGGCAGCUUCAGUCCUGGGUCCUUGGACCUCCCCCCCUCUCUUAUCCAAUUAAAUGUUUCUUAACUGAGGAAAGGGUCAUAAGUCCAUUUCUAUGGUUUAGGGGCCCAUCUUGGGGAUUUCAUGCAUUCAUUCAACAAACUUUUACUUUUCAGGAUAAUCUUUUGAGGAUGAAUGGUGGAUCUUGUCAUUCUUUUGCUCAAAACUCUUUCCAUGGUUCUGAAUAAAACUCC